AUGAUACAGUUCUUAGUUACGAAAAAUAUAAGCCAGGCAUACUGGCUUGUGCGACCGUCAUAUGGAUCUCGAGGAAGAUUCGGCAUGCUAUCGUCUAUCAGCAUUGCCUACUCGCCGAAGAAUAAACUAUACUCCACUCCAUCGGACAAUAAUAGAGUGAUACCAAACAGUCCGCAUGAACUGAAAAGUGGCCUUCGACAUCACGGAAAAGACUUUGAAGCCAUUUGCUACACGUCCCAGCGAAUAUUUGGUUUGCUUAUGGAUCUCACCGACGAUUUUUCAAAACUUUCGUACAGGAAGAGUUCAUUCCAUAGAGUCUUUAGACUUUUAUGGAUUGAAAGCGAAUUCCCCAAAUUGCCUCCAAAACCGAGGACAGAGAAACAACUUCGUGAGUUCGUUCAUAAACUGACAACAUUCAAAUUUCUUAACAAUUCUCACAAAGCUGCAACUAUUCUGCGAAAACUCUUUGCAAACGACCAACUUGGUUUCAUGCACUCAGUGAAGUAUUGCAACAAGCUGAUUGACUUUUUCCUGGACAAAAAUGAUGAAAUCAUGAUUAAAAGAAUAUUUCGCCGUAUGGAAAAAGAUAAUAAAAAGCCCAAUGCAAUGACAUUCAAUCUUUUGGGAAAGCAUUACCUGAAAGACACAAACGUUAUACGUGAGCGGUUGGCUAUUUGGGAAGCUAUUUUAAUGCGAAUGAAAUCAUUGAACGUCAAGACGGAUCUUUGCACAUACUACAUAUCGUUGAGCCUCAUGCCUACGGAGGUGCCUGCUAAGCAAGAAUUGAAACAACUAAUUCUUUCCCAUGGUCUGCACCGAGCUGCAAGUCAAUUUCAAGACAUCCACAUUGUUGACAUGCUGAACAGGGGCUGCUCUCUAUUCGAGAUAUUAGAGUACUAUCACAGCACCGAUGGGAGACUUGAUGUCAAUUGCAUGAAUAGCAUAAUUUUCAAGUUCCUUCAGACUGGAAAUGAUUUUGAAGGUGCGUGGAAAUUUAUGAUUCAAGAACACAAGCUUCGAGGCAUCAAUCCGAAAAGUUCCACCAUGACUAUAUUCAUGAAACAUGCUCGCGAGUGCAAAAGAUUGAAAACUAUGAUUCAAAUUUUGAAUUCAUUUGAAGAGUUUUACAGGCUCAAGAGUUCACCUGCUUUGAGAAUAAUAAUGCAGUCCCUUUUAACGGACAACAAUACGUUACAAAAACAGUGGGUCCCCCAUAUUUUGACCUUUGUCUACAUUCGCCACUUCCGAUCUUCAAUCAAUAACUUUCAGCGAAAAGAUGUUCUACUGAAGCAACUAGCUCAUAAAUUCAACUUUAAACUUGAAGCCGAUCUCACUUAUGAGAAUUUGAACAACUUGGACAGGCAAAUAUUUGAUGCCUUGGACAGCAUGGUGAUACGUGAUCCACAAACUGACUUUAAUGAGCAUGAUGAAAACGAAUGGAUGGAAAAGAUUACAGAGGAUUGCAGACUUGCUAUGUAUAAUAAAUUUUGA